CUCCCAGUAAAAUUUGCUAUCAACCUCCAUCAAAUUCAAUCCCCUAUCCACAAAACUCCACACACAAACAAAUACUGUGUGUAUUCAUAAACCCAGAAGAGCAAAAAAGGAUAAACCUUGCAAGAAAUGGCUGGGAGAGCCCAUUUCUCCAUCCAAAGAAAUGGAACAUUGUUGUUGUCUUCAUCUUCUUUUUUCCACAACUCCAUCAAUUUUGGACUGACCCACUUGAAAAAUCCCAACUUUUUUCGUCCAAAGGGCUUGUCAUAUUCAUCCAGAGGGGCUUUGUAUUGCAGUUGCAGUGCUAGUAAUGGGCUUGAGAAGCAGUUGAGCUCUGACCCUUUUGUUUUGACGACUCCUUUGUAUUAUGUUAAUGCUCCUCCUCAUAUGGGCAGUGCUUAUACUACUAUUGCUGCUGAUGCCAUUGCUCGUUUUCAGAGGCUUUUAGGGAAAAAAGUUAUAUUUAUCACUGGCACAGAUGAGCAUGGGGAAAAGAUUGCUACUGCUGCUGCUGCCAGUGGUUCCAGUCCAAGUGAACACUGUGACGUCGUUUCCCAAGCUUACAAGGAGCUAUGGAAAGAUUUAGAUAUAGCUUAUGAUAAGUUUAUUCGAACAACCGAGUCGAAGCAUGAAGCUAUAGUCAAAGAAUUUUAUGCCAAGGUUCUUGCGAGUGGUGACAUAUACCGGGCUGAUUAUGAAGGCCUCUAUUGUGUCAACUGUGAGGAGUACAAGGACGAAAAAGAGUUGCUGGAUAACAACUGUUGCCCUAUGCACCUUAAGCCAUGUGUUAGCAGGAAGGAAGACAACUACUUUUUUGCUUUGUCAAAGUAUCAAAAGCGAUUAGAAGAUACACUUCAGCAGAAUCCAGGUUUUGUGCAACCAUCUUAUCGGCUGCAUGAGGUGCAAGGUUGGAUUAAAGGUGGCUUGAGAGAUUUCUCUAUUUCCCGUGCAGCAGUAGAUUGGGGUAUUACUGUUCCCAAUGACACUGAUCAAACUAUUUAUGUCUGGUUUGAUGCCUUACUUGGUUAUAUUUCUGCAUUAUCAGAGGACAAGGAACAUUCUGAUUUACAGUCUGCAAUUUCUUCUGGCUGGCCUGCGUCAUUGCACUUGAUUGGCAAGGAUAUAUUACGGUUUCAUGCUGUUUAUUGGCCAGCAAUGCUAAUGUCUGCUGGACUAGACCUUCCAAAGAUGGUGUUUGGCCAUGGUUUUUUGACAAAGGAUGGCAUGAAGAUGGGGAAGUCUUUAGGCAAUACAAUUGAUCCAAAAAGUCUAGUGGAUAGAUUUGACUCUGAUGCAGUCAGGUACUUUUUCCUAAGGGAGGUUGAGCUGGGGAAUGACGGAGACUAUUCAGAAGAAAGAUUUAUCAAUAUUGUUAAUGCAAAUCUUGCUAAUACAAUUGGAAACCUUCUCAACCGUACACUUGGACUUCUAAAGAAGAAUUGUAAUUCAACUUUACCAGUCGAUUCAGCUGUUGCAGCUGAAGGAAAUACAUUCAAGGACUCUGCGGAGGAUCUGGUGGCAAAGGCACGAACGGAGUAUGAAAACCUGGCAAUAUCAUCAGCAUGUGAGGCAGUACUAGAGAUAGGUAAUGCUGGCAAUUUGUAUAUCAAUGAACGGGCACCAUGGUCUCUUCUUAAACAAGGAGGUGAUGCUUUUGAAGCUGCUACAAAGGACCUUGUCAUAGUACUGGAAGCAAUGAGGAUUAUAGCAGUUGCUUUGUCUCCAAUCACACCAAGCUUAUGUCUGCGAGUAUAUGAACAGCUCGGCUACACAGAAGAACAGUUUAAUGCUGCCACCUGGAAUGAAACCAAGUGGGGAGGGCUGAAGAGUGGUCAUGUCAUGGCUCAACCACGGCCCGUAUUUGCUAGAAUAGAAGUGCAGAAGGAAGAGGAAGAUGUAGCUCAAGUGGUGAAGAAAGUAAGCAAGAAGAAAGCAAAGAUACCUCAAGUCCAGACAGUUGCAGAGGCAUAGAAAUCUAGGUUCUCCUCUCCAUGUAUAUCAUGUGUAUUUUUAUUGAAGCGAUUUUGUUAAGAGCAAAGGUUAGCUUGCUUUUCUAAAACUGUAAUUUUAAGAUUAUUUUUUUUUAUUUUUAUCAUCACCACAUAGUCUAGUACUAGUCAAAUUAUAUUUUGCAUUACAAAUUUAUUUAUUAUUGGACAUAGUUAUUUCGGAC